AUGAUAAGUUUAUCAAAUAAAGAUCUCAAAAGCAUAAACACGCAAACAUCGAUUGAAUUAAAUGAUAAUGCUCAAGAGUCCAAAAUAAAUAAAAUUCAAAUAAGAAUUAUUCACAGAAAAGAUUCACAUCAAAAAAUUUCAAACUACAGUAAAAAUUUUACCGAAAAAAUAUUAAACGACUCUCAAACUGUCUCUUUAGUGAAUUUAAAUAAAUUAUUAGAGACUAAUACAGUAAAUCAGCAACAAGCAGUAGCUUUUCAAGCUGGAAGAUGCUGGAGUAGAAGUUCAACAUCUAGAAAUAAAAAUGCUGAAAGUGUUUCACCGUUGCCUUCUGAAAAAUGCUUGAUAAAUGAAACAGGGAAAGUGGAAAGAUAUUUUAAAGUAAACAAUGAAGGAAGAUUAGAAAUUAAAGAUUAUCCGAAUUUAAGGCCCCGGUCAGCCUUUAAGCGGACAGUAGACUCAUCCUGACCAAAUAUGCUUAGAAAAUCAACUCCUAGAAUCAGAGUAGUUGACAAAGAGCUGCAAAGCUGUUUUAUACAGUCUAAGGUAGGUUUAAAACCCAAAAAUAGGCUGCUUAGAAAAGUGUCUCCAUGUUUUGGGAAAAAAGAAGAAAAAGAGUAUACAGGAUAUUUAAGCGCAAGGAUAAAGCAUUAUUCAAAGAGCAUGUUAAAAAAUAAGAAUUCAUAA